AUGAAGAGUGCAUACCUGAAGAAAGUGCCCGCGAAACCAUAUAAAACCAAGGAACCGCCGCCCGAUCUGGAAGAUUGCGAUGGGGAUUUGACUGCCAAGAAGAGAGCGCCGAAGAAGAAAUUCCCUCCGGCGACGGCAGAGGAUCUACCGAAGACUGUCCGGACAACGUGGGCGGAAAAGGAGUGGGAUUGGACGGAGGACUGCCAAAGGUCCUUCGAUGCCGUGAAAGCAGCCAUUACAUCAAACGCAUGUGCGGCCCGGGUCGCCUGCAAACUGGCACCAGACGAAAGAGAACUGAUGGAAUCCGACGGAGAAUUGCUUCUUACUGAUGGAAAGAAAUGGACUGCAAGAUGGAAGUACAGUUGA